UUCCAAAAAGAGGUUAUCUCACCAUAACCUCAAAAAAAUCAACUAAAAAACCAUCAAUAACUCCAAAAAUACACCUUUAUUUUAAUAAAAUCGAUUAAAAUCUUGAUGAUAAUGAAAAAUUGGUUCAACAUAACCCCAAAAAAAUGGUGAUAUCAAUUUUAAUACAUAAACUUCGUUCGUUUAUGUUGUUCCUAAUCGGGAUCUUCAGACGGGCUUUAUGUUGUUUCCAUAAAAGACGGCGAGUUUCUUUUGAUGAGCCCCUCACGGGAAUUGGUGUGGUAAAGAGUGAAAAUGAAGAAACGGCUUGGAACGAUUGGGGGGAUGAUCGGCUAAAAAAUCCGACCACUGUGCAAGAACAUAUUGAGUUUUAUAGGCAACAAAAAGCGCAAUUACAAAAACAAGAGGAGGAAGUUGAGAACCAAGAGGAUUUUUUUGAGAAUAUGACCCCAGAGAUAACUCGGCAAAAAAAAAUAUUUGUUGCUAAUGAAAAUAAAGAAGGUUUAAACGAGAAAAUGAAUGUUUUCGUUCCAAGUGGAGUAUCAAUGGGAAAAGAAUUGGGGGAAUGGGACGAAAACCCGGGUUGGGAAGGCGAAGAAUUAGAUUGGGACGCAAUGCAAGUUUUGAAAGAGAAAAAACGAUUGGAUCGAGAGAAAAAGUUCGCAGAACAACAACAAAGAAGGAUCGAACGUACUAAAACUUUAGGCAUUAAAAUAAAAACGUAGUAAGAAUAUUUUAAGGUUAAAUAAGAAAAUAAAGAAUUAAUUGUUAUGACAUA